AGGAAAGAGAGAUUGGGUAAAAUCCCCACCAAACCAAACACGACAUUCCAUUCCAUUCCAUUCGAUCAUCAACUCUCGUCCAAAAAUUCUGCAUCAGUAGUCACUCGUCAAACCCCCUUCUUCUCAAAUUCGCUUUUUCCCCUUUCCGAUUUUGCCCCUCCGCCGUCGCCGGUGCCUGCCGCCUCUUCCACCCGCGCGCUGCUGCUGACCUUAUGUACCGGAAGAAGAUCCGGCUAUUAGGCUUUCUCUUCUGCUCCGUCCUCAUCCUCGGCGCCGGUUAAUUCGAUCUCCUCAAUCCAUGUUAGUUAUCGUCGCGAUUUUGCUCAUUUUCGGUGCUGUAGUCCGCCACAAGUGGAAGAAUGCGGCGGCCAAGAAGGAAGAGAUUUUGAGGCUUCUCGCUGCAACCGCUUAUGAAGAGGCGGAAAUUGCUAAGCUAGAGGUAGUUGAUGUGUAUAAACCUCCUUCGCCGCCCCCGCCGCCGACGCAGAUUCAGAAGGGUAAUUAUUGUGCUGUUUGUUUUUCCUCCACGACUACUCGGUGUUCUCAGUGCAAAGCUGUCAGAUACUGUUCUGGGAAAUGUCAAAUUAUUCACUGGAGACAAGGUCAUAAGGAUGAAUGUCGACCUGCCUCUUCAUUACAUGCCAGCAAGGAAAGUGCAAGUGCUGUGGAAACAGCUUCCCAAGAUCAAUUGGAGAUCAAUUGCAAUAAUGAGAGUGAAAUUUGUUCUGAUCCCAAUGAGCACCUUGAUGAUUCCGGAUCUUCAAGCAGCUCUCUUCCUUGCUUUUCUUCUUCAACUGAACAUAGUGAAACAACAUUUGAUGCUUCAAGCAUUGAGACUUUUGAGUCAGUAACUCCUGUUGGGACUGAUAAAGUAUCUUCUGGUGGUACUGAUUAUCAUAUGCCACUGUGUACAUCUGAUUCUGAUGAGGCAGAUGUAACUAGCACGCCCCCCUUGAAUCCUACUGUUGAGGCAGUAAACAAUAACAUUGGGGUUAUCAAGAUAAAAAAGUCUCAAGCUACCAAUCCUGAUGAUGGCUUUCACACAUCCAGCACUGAAGAUAAUAGAACUUGCAGUGAAGCUGCCGUGCCAAAAAAGUCUGCUGGUACAGCUCAGUUGAGGAGAUCAAGCAAUUGCCAACAAGUCCCUACAGUUGAUAUUAGGAAUUCACCUUGCCUGAAAUCUUCGAGCACAGCUUCUUUGGAGGACUUCAGGGGAAGUGGAGCACAAUUGUCUAGAAGUACAGAAACAAGAUCGUUGUCAUUUAGGAGUUCAGAGAAUGGUCACAGGAUGCCCUUAAAAACUGGCAGUGCCAAUUGUUUGCUUUCAGAAAUUAAAGAUGCUCAAACUUCAGCUCAACCUACUGGUAAAACUGUGAAGGAACCGGUGCAGAAAUUUGUGGAACAUUUUAGUGUAUCAAAGCAGUCAAAGUCCUGUACAUUUGACAUCAGAAAGGACUCUGCUGCAAAUGAUGACCACAAGAUCAUAUUUCCUCCCAAGCUUUUCUUCCAACUGUAUUCUUGUGAUGGCAUAGAACUUCAUCCUGUUGGCCUCCUGAACUGUGGAAAUAGUUGUUAUGCAAAUGCAGUGCUGCAGUGCCUGACAUUUACUCGGCCUAUUACUGCUUAUCUUCUUCAAGGGUUACACUCAAAAACAUGCCGCAAUAGAGAAUGGUGCCUUGUCUGCGAAUUCGAACAUCUGAUACGGAAGGGACAAGAAAUGAAAUCCCCUCUGAAUCCAGUUGGAAUACUAUCUCAGAUACAAAGGAUUGGAAGUCAUCUAAGUCAUGGACGAGAAGAAGACGCGCAUGACUUUCUGAGAAAUGUGAUAGAUACAAUGCAAUCUAUAUGGCUUGAAGAAGCACAUGUAUCUGGUCCGGUGGCUGAGAAUUCAACCCUUUUGGGCCUUACAUUUGGUGGCUAUCUUCGAUCCAAGAUUAAGUGCAUGAAGUGUUUAGGAAGAUCAGAGCAAUAUGAUCGGAUAUUGGAUCUUAUUGUGGAGAUUGCUGGUGAUAUCAAUACGCUUGAACAGGCUCUUGCACAAUUCACCAAAUCUGAAACACUUGCUGGACAUGAUAAGUAUAAGUGCAAUAGAUGCAUGUCUUAUGUGAAAGCUAAGAAGAAAUUGACAGUAAAUCAGGCUCCUAAUGUCCUCACCAUUGUUCUCAAACGAUUUCGGUCAGGCACCUUAGGCAAACUGAAUAAGCUAGUUCGGUUUCCAGAGGUUCUAAAUCUUGCUCCCUACAUGAGUGGAAAGAGCGACAAACACCCUAUUUAUCAGCUCUAUGCAGUGGUUGUUCACUUGAAUAUGGUGAAUGCUUCUUAUGGUGGUCAUUACAUUAGUUAUGUAAAGAAUUUCCGGGGAGAAUGGUUUAAGAUUGACGACAGCAAGGUAAGCCAUGUAAACCCGGAGACGGUGUUAUCUGCAGAAGCAUAUAUACUCUUCUAUGCAAGACGAUCACCACGAGGUCCAUCUUUGUUGACAAACAACAGUAUGCAAUCUGAUGGGAAAUCCAGAAGGAAUAUGGAAGCCAUUUCUUCAAGUAAGAGGAAAAACUCGAAAACCAAACUGAGGUGUGAACGUGUAGAGUCCGUAAUGCCGCAUCAAGGAUCUGAAAGACACUUGUAUAAGAUGCAUUCGAGCAAGGAUUGGGGAUUAGCGUGCGAGAAUCCUAUAUUGGAUUCACCAAGUGAUUGUUCAUCCAUUUUCAGUGUAUCGGAUGUUGGCUCUCAUAGUACAGACAGCACGAAGGACUCAAAUGCAGAAGAUAUAUCUGGCUACAUAUUUGGUUCGAGCUUGCAUCACCACUACUAAGUGCUUCUCUUAAUGGAGGUCGCAGUCGACUCUCAUAUGGAAUGCAGCUGGGAUGCAGAGCAGUCGAGGAAGGUGUAGAUGAAUGAUGCAGGUAUCAGUUGAAGAAAGAGAGGUGGCUCUCUCCCCACACGGCUGCUUAAACCUCGAUAGCAGGUGUACACGUAAAUUAUACUACUAUGUUUCUAACCCCAUAUAAUUAAUUUUGUCGGUGAACAACGAGAGAAGAGCAACUCAAACAUUUUUUCCGGCGUUUGAGUUGGUGAUAAUAUAGAGGUUGUAAAUCGUUUAAGAGCUGUUUUGUAGCUCACAAACUUACUCCUACUUGACAUCUAUGUAUAUAAGCCGUUACUGCCUUUUUUUCA